UAGACUCGGCUCUUCUGUCCGACUGAGCUCCUGUGAACUAUGGAGAGAAGCGAGAAGAGAAGAGAGAUUAGGAAUGUUCAUGAGAUGCUGAAAAGAGAGAAAGAAGAGGAAAAUGAAGAAGCCCUGGUUGUGAGUCGUGGACAAGAGGUGGAGGGCCGGGAAGAUUUGGAGAGCUUCAACUCUGAAGAUGAGGAGGAGGAAGGAUCUACUCCACUUAUUGCUGCCUGUCACAAAGGAAAGCCUGAGGUGGUACAGCUGCUGCUGGAGGCCGGGGCAGAUGUCACCUUGUGUAACUGCUGCCAGCAGACAGCACUCCACAUUAGCCCUCCUGGGCUCCAGGGGAAAGUGUUGGGAUGGAUGUCGAGGUCUCAUCUGCCUCCCCAGGCACAGCUGCUGCAGGCUGCCUGGCAGGGAGACCUGCACUCUUUACAGCACCUGCUGGCUCAGACAGACAAGGUGGAUGUGAAUGUUCCUAAUUGUGACGGCGUGACGGCUGUGAUGCUGGCUGUUCGGGAUAUUGACCUGUUUGAGGAGUUAGAGAUACCGUUGCCAUGGGAACACCAACCUGUGGAAGUGGUAAAGGAACUUCUGGAACUCUCAGCUGAUCUGCGGGUACAAGACCACAGUGGCCGUUCUGCCUCUCACUAUGCUGCCAACAUCAACAGCCCUCUGAAGGAGGACAUCAUUCAGAUGAUGGUUGAGGCCCUGAGUCACACAGAUGCUGUCUCCAUGUCACUCCUAGCAACUGGCCCAUGCCAGGAUUUGGACUCAGAGUUUGGAGAUUCGGACAUAGAGUUGGACCUUGAGAGCCUUUGUCCUUAUCAGUCGACUGUUGCCUCCCCCACGCAGACACCAACCCAUCAGCACGGCUUUCUCCUUUACAGCCACGUAGUGGAAGUGCUAGAGUCUCCAGGGUACCCUCCUCUAUCUGGCGAUCACAAAGGCCUCCGCCAAGAAGAUAAGGGAAACCCCCUCUGUUUCCAAAACACCAUGGAAACACUGAAAGACAUCAGGCAAGCCUACCAGGACGCAGGGAGGGGAAGCAGCAGUGGAGGUUUGUCUCUGCCGAGCCUGGGCAACAAUAGCAGAAGCUGGAGCCACCUGGAUCCUGCUCCCUCACCUGGUUUACUGAGUACCAGGACCUCCUGCAUGCCGGUACCCCCUAAACACAGGCAGAGAACAAGAAGUGUGGUUGCUGCAUCCCCAUCGUCCCCCGGCCUGCUGUCUGUGGCUGAGCACAGCCAGCUCAGCCAAUCAGCCCCCAGCAUCAUGGAACCACUACUGUGUUCAAGCACUAUGAUCCAGGCCAGAGCACACAUUCAAACGCGACUGGGUUGUCAGGACCCUGUGAAUCAACACAAGUUCUCGCAGGGUCCCUUGCCUGCUCUGCAUCCCAGAACACCCAAGCGGUUGGCACCACUAGACAGAAGGCCCAGGGACGUUGCGGCUCUGCCAGAAAUAAAGCCCCAUGUUCCCCUGAAGCCUAUCAGCCAGAGCCCGCUUUGCUCCAGGACUUGGUUGAGGAGAGAGCGGCUGUACUGGGGCAGCCUAUGCGCUGGCCCUCUGACCACGAAGGGGGGCAGUGAGGAGAGCGGUUCCAGCAGCAGCAGCAUUAGCAGCCAGAGUUCCAUCGACCUGGAGGAUGAGGAAGACGAGAGGGAUAUGCCUGAUAGAGCUUCAGGGGAAAGACAUCCGAAGUUCAUAGGAGACAGGUUGUUGCCGCAUUCAAACAAGGUGCGCUCCACUGAGGCUGAUUUGGUUGAGGAGACCCGGCAGCAUUUUAAAGUUCAGUCAAGGAUCAGUCAUAUUUCAGCAAUCUACAGAUCAGCACAUGACCUGGAUGGAGAGCCUAUCAAUCGUACAAGUGAUCUUCUGAACAUUGAAAAAGCUAGGAACUCUCACUGUGAAGGCAAAGCCACCAACGUGAACUGUACAAAGGAGCCUGUUGACAGUCAGUCCUGUAUAAAACGUAACUAUGCACAACAAGGAGACACUGUGAACAAUGAAAUACCUAUCACAUCAAAGUCUAAGGAAGAAAAGAACGAUGUGGGCUACACCCCGGAGCCUGAGAUUAGCCAUGGGAUAACAUUUCAUAUGAAUAAUGACCAAGGUCACAUUGUUGCAUGCGCUGAAGAGACUUACAUAAAUGUCUUGCAGGAUAACCCAGUCCCUCAUUGGGAGGAUGGAGAGUUGACUACCAGCACUACUGAGGAGAAAAUUCAGUUCUUUACUCCAGCUGUAAAUCUUCCACAACCAAGCAUGGAUCCCAAGAGAGCUGAGAGGGUGCUGAAAGCCUUAAAGCCUGUCCGAAACAAAGAAAGAAGAACCAACAUGAACUGUGAACUAAGAGCAAACAUUCAAACCAGCCAGCAGUCCUUCAACGUUCUAGCACACAGAGAUCGAAGCAUCCUAAACCGGAACAAGUCCAAAAACAAUCUAAAGUAUUCUUCACUUUCCACACAAGUUCAAGAUAAAACCAGGAAAAGCCCUGAGCUAAUAAUUGGUGGAGAGCCAGUUACAAAAGUAAAGUUGAAGCUUAAAUCUGUUGAAGUAGCUCAUUGUUACCCUGGCACCCCGUCACCACGAAAGAAGAUUAUUGAUCAGGGCAAAAGAGUAAAUCCUGCCAAGAUGAUGAACAGCAACAAAGCUCCACCGUUGAGGGAGCUUAAGAGCGUCCGUCAGUUGAGGAGACCAGGUCUAGCUGGGACACCGAGGUCUAAAUCUGCCGUGGACUUCAUCACCUACAAAGACAUGUUUCAGGAGAUACAGAGUGGGGAUGAAGGACCGGCCAUCUACGAGAUGUUUGCUGGUCCGAUCUACGAUAACCUACGAGUGUCCAGCUCCAGUGAGAAAGUAAAGGACAGACAAGUGCAGUCGGCUCCGCCGAGGAAGACACAAAAGUGUCAUAAAGUCAAACACAGACCACUGAAACAAGCACAGAGGAGAAGACCCCGGGAGAGUGUAGUGGUUUCAGCUAAAAGCAAACAAAAACAGACACCCUUCAGGGUUAAAACUCACAAACCAAAGAAAGGAACACAAAAAAUCAAGGAUAUGAAUAAAUCAGAUGGGCAAACAGAGGCUGAGUUAGCUCUCUCAAGGGAUGUUGACGUUUGUCAAACAACGGCUCAAGAUGCUAUCUUAUCUACCAUAGAGGAGGCUCUUUCUAUAUAUGGGUCUGAAACAAUCAAAUCUCAUGACAAAACACUGACUAGGCCAGCAGGUUCAUCUAAUGCUGAAGAUUAUAGUCACCUGUACAUGAAUAUGCAAGAAAUAGGAAACCCAAACCGGCCGUUGCCAGAGCCGGUGUUAUCUCAAAGCCCUGAACGGCUACAGGUCAAUACAGGGGCGUCUUCCAGCAGCAACCCCACCAUCAUGUCACCAGUUUACCGGAAGUUUCUGGAUGAGGUGGGGGACGGGCCGCUUACAGAUGACCUGCUGCAAUGUCUGGCCGAGGAGCUGAUCUCAUUGGAUGAGAGGGAUGUAUCCAUAGGCUCCGAAAACAUGGAGUCCAACAAAGAAGACGAGGGUGUGUCAGGAAGAAACACAAUUCCUGAGGUUAAUUCAAAAGACAGUGCUGCUCUGCUUGGCUCUGGGUUGGUUGUGGAUGACGCCAUCACAUGGACAAAGGGUGAAGUACUCGGCAGGGGAGCCUAUGGGACAGUGUACUGUGGCCUGACCGGCCAGGGCCAGCUGAUAGCUGUGAAGCAGGUGAGACUGGAUGCCUCUGACCCCGACGAUGCAAAGAGGGACUACAGUCGUCUGCAGGGGGAAGUGGAGCUGCUCAAAACCCUCAGACACACCAACAUUGUGGGCUUCCUGGGUACCUCACUUUAUCAGCAUGUGGUUUCCAUUUUCAUGGAAUACAUACCAGGAGGAUCCAUUGCCAGCAUCCUUCACAGGUUUGGCCCUCUGCCAGAGCGUGUCCUGGCUCUUUACACCCAUCAGAUCCUGAAAGGGGUGGCCUUCCUUCACCUGAACAGAGUGAUUCAUCGGGACUUGAAGGGCAACAACGUCAUGCUGAUGCCUACUGGCGUCAUCAAGCUCAUAGACUUUGGCUGUGCGCGCCGUCUCAGCUGCCUGAACCACACUGCCAGCAACAGUGGAGAUCUGCUCAAGUCUGUCCACGGCACACCUUACUGGAUGGCCCCCGAGGUUAUUAAUGAGACAGGAUAUGGCAGGAAGUCCGAUAUAUGGAGUGUGGGUUGCACUGUGUUUGAGAUGGCCACGGGGAAACCACCACUGGCACACAUGGACAAGAUGGCGGCCUUGUUCUACAUCGGGGCUCAAAGAGGGUUGAUGCCCUCCUUGCCAGAUGGGUUUUCGGAUAACGCCAAGAAUUUUGUGGCAAUCACCUUGACAAGUGACCAGAGACUACGGCCAUCUGCAGACCAGCUGCUGAACCAUUUAUUCAUCCAUCAAAGUGCGAGUGAAGAGAACGCUUGUGAAACGCAGAAAAAGAACUGCUGUGGUCACCCAGGAGGACUGUGUAGCUAAGUUACACAAAGACAGAAUACUUCAGAUAUGUUGAUUGAAAACAUCAAGUAUUCUUUGGUGACCCUUUAAGGGGCCAGCCACCUAUCCCCAGUGGAUGCACUAGUAGUGAGUUUGGGAGCAAAGGGCGCUGGGUUCAUGUUCCAGCCCUGUCUGGAAACUACAACA